AUGACGUCUCCAAAUUAUCCAACUGCGGAACAAAGCGUGAUGAUGGUGUCAGAGGAAGUAAGUGCCAUGAUUCGAGGAGAAAUUCCAACUAAGAGGCCUGAUCCUGGUAGUUUCGUCCUAGAUUGCAAUAUACAGAACACGCGUUUUCCUCGAUCACUAUGUGAUCUUGGCUCUAGCGUGAAUCUUAUGCCUUACUCCGUCGCAGUAACCUUGGGAUAUAACGAGUUUAUGCCAACUCCGAUAACCUUGGUUCUAGCUGAUCGGUCUAUCAGGGUACCUGAAGGGAUUCUCGAAGACGUUCCCGUAAAAAUUAAUGAUUGCUUUGUGCCUACGGAUUUUUUUGUGUUAAAAUACAGACAAGAACCGAAAGACCCCCUCAUUCUGGGUCGGCCAUUCCUACCUACAGCUGGAGUGAAAGAAGGACGAAUAAAUUUGAACACCAGGGACAUUUCGAUGACCUUUGAUAUGGAAAGGCUAAUCAAGCAACCCUUGAUAGAUGACCAAACCUUCUAUGUGGAAGAAGUUUCUGAGCUAGAUAAGGAAUCUUUCAUAGACAUGUGCUCAGACGACCCCUUAGAAAAUGCUCUUACCAAUAUGGAAAAGGAAAUCUUCAGCAUAGAUAAAAGGACAGACGAUUACGUUCGACUGAUGGAUGCAAGUAACGAAGUUGCGAACAUCGAAGAAGAUGAUGACUCAGACAUUAUCGUCGAUCGACUAGAGGAAAUUAAAUGCCGCUACUAG